AUGGACCCGCUCGCAGCAGCGAAAGCCCAGCUUCUAGACUACUCCCAGCCGUUGAAUGUCGAGCUGCUCGACCGGGUCACGAUCACAUUUUACACAGCCGCUGACCCGGGCGAGCGCAAGGCGGCCGAGGAUGUCCUGCGAGCCUUCCAGGAGCACUCGGAAGCCUGGACCAGAGUCGACGCCAUCCUCGAAAAGGCCAAGGACGACAACACGAAAUUCUACGCCCUGCAGAUCCUCCAGCAGGCCGUGCAGUUCCGGUGGGGCGCGCUGCCCGCGGAGCAGCGCCUCGGCAUCCGGAAUUACGUGUCGAACCUCAUCAUCUCGCUGUGUCAGGACGAGCGGACCUUCCGCGCGCAGCACGUCUUCCUGAACAAGGUCAACAUCAUCCUCGUCCAGAUCGUCAAGCACGAGUGGCCCGCCAAGUGGCCCGGCUUCAUCAGCGAGAUCGUAAACGCGUCGAGGGUGUCGCCGUCGCUGUGCGAGAACACGAUGGUCGUGCUGCGGCUGCUGUCGGAGGAGGUGUUUGACUUCAACAAGGGCGAGCUGACGCAGGCCAAGACCAAGGAGCUCAAGAACUCCCUCAACGAGGAGUUCACGCUCGUCCACGACCUCUGCAUGUGGGUCCUCGACAAGGCGCAGGCCUCGGUGUCGCUCAUCAAGAGCACGCUCGCCACCAUGCAGGGGUUCCUCACGUGGGUGCCGCUGGGGUACAUAUUCCAGACCCAGGUGGUGGAGGUGCUGCUGAACCUGUUCCCGAACCCGAGCUACCGCAACCUCGCGCUCAAGUGCCUGACCGAGGUCGGCGGCAUCCAGGUCGGGCCCGACCACCACGACACCUUCAUCGGGAUGUACGAAAGGAUGGUGACGUACUUCCCCCAGGGCGAGACGAUCGUGUCGCAGUACGAGAGCGCGUCGGACGAGGACCAGUGCUUCAUCCAGGACCUCGCGACGUUCCUCAGCUCGUUCUUCCGCGCGCACCUCGAGGCGCUCGAGGCGCGGCCGCAGCACCACGCGUCGCUGCUGCGCGGGCUGGACGUGCUGCUGCACAUCUCGUUCGUCGAGGACCAGGAGGUGUUCAAGGGGUGCAUGGACUACUGGCAGCACAUGCUGCACGUGUUCGCGCAGGGCGGCGGCGCGGGGGUCGCGGGCGGGCUCGUGGCGGACGCGGCGCCGCUGCACCUGGCGGGCGCGGCCGACCAGAUCCACGACGUCCGGAAACAGCUGUACGACAGCCUGUUCAGCGGGAUGCGCAUGCUGAUGAUCGAGCGCAUGGCCAAGCCCGAGGAGGUGCUCAGCGUGGAGGACGACUCGGGGAACUUUGUGCGCGAGGUGAUGAAGGACGCGGACGUCGUGGCGCUGUACAAGGUCAUGCGCGAGGUGCUGACGUACCUGACGAACCUCAACAUCGCCGACACGCGCAACAAGAUGCUCAUGAAGCUGGCCAAGCAGCGCGACCGCUCCGAGUGGAGCUGGGGCACGCUCAACCGCCUGUGCUGGGCGAUCGGGUCCAUCUCCGGCACGAUGCUCGAGGAGGACGAGAGCAAGUUCCUCGUGCAGGUCAUCCGCGACCUCCUGGACCUGUGCGACAGCAUGCGCGGCAAGGACAACAAAGCCGUCAUCGCCACCAACAUCAUGUACGUCGUCGGGCAGUACCCGCGCUUCCUCCGCGCGCACUGGAAGUUCCUCAAGACGGUCGUGAACAAGCUCUUCGAGUUCAUGCACGAGAAGCACCCGGGCGUCCAGGACAUGGCCUGCGAGACCUUCCUGAAGAUCUGCACGCGCUGCAAGCGCAAGUUCGUGGUCGUGCAGCAGCAGGGCGAGCCGCCCUUCGUCGAGGUCCUCCUCCAGCAGCUCGAGGACCCGCGCGAGAGCCCCAUCUCCGACCUCGAGAACAUUCAAAUCAAUCUCUUCUACGAGGCCGUGGGGCUCAUGGUGGCCGUCGCCACGAGCCCGCAGCAGCGCGACAGCUACCUCGCGGGCCUGAUGGCCCUCCCGAACCGCACCUGGGACGGCUACGUGGCGCUCGCGCAGCAGCAGGGCCCCGCGCCGCUGACGGACCCGGACGUGGUGCGCGGGAUCGUCAAGUUCCUGGGCGUGAACAACGCGGUGUGCGCGUCGCUCGGGCCCGCGUUCGAGCCGCAGCUGCGGCGGAACUUCGAGAUGAUGCUGCACGUGUACCAGGCGUACUCGGAUCUGAUCGCGCAGGCCAUCCAGGCCAACCCCGCCAACGCCAAGAGCGCCGCGGUGAAGCAGUACCGCGCGGUCAAGCGGCAGACGCUGGCGCUCGUCAAGACGUUCGCGUCGCAGUGCGACCCGAAGGGCUCGGCGGCGUUCGUGACGCUGCACGGGCACUUCGUGCCGGCCAUGGAGGGGCCCGUGCUGGGCGACUACGCCGGGAGCGUGCCGGACGCGCGCGACAGCGAGGUGCUGUCGCUGUACGCGGUGCUCAUCGACCGCUUCGACGGGCAGGCGGAGCAGAUCGCGCCGACGGUGCUGCGGUACGUGUUCGAGAGCACGCUGUCGAUGAUCACGGCAGACUUCUCCCAGUACCCCGAGCACCGCCUGAAGUUCUUCGAGCUGCUCCAGAGCAUCACGAUGCGCUGCUUCAACGUGCUGCGCACCAUGACGCCGCAGCAGCAGAAGCUGGUCAUGGACAGCAUCGUGUGGGCCAUCCGGCACACGGAGCGCAACGUGGCGGAGAAGGGCCUCUCGCUGCUGCUCGACAUGCUCCGGUCGUUCCAGAUAUCGCCCGACGCGCUGCAGUUCCACCAGGCGUACUACCUCGAGCUCCUCCGCGAGGUGCUGCAGGUCAUGACGGACACCUUCCACAAGCCCGGGUUCAAGCUGCACACCCGCAUCCUGCACCACCUGUUCAGCAUCGUGCAGGACCAGACGCUGAGCGGGCCGAUCUGGCCGCAGGACGGCGGCGCGACGUACGCGAACAACGCCGAGUUCGUGCGGGACUUCGUCAGCGGGCUGCUGGCGUCGGCCUUCCCUAACAUGACGCAGGCCCAGGUGCAGCAGGUGGUGUACGGGAUGCUCACCAUCCGGGACCUGUCUCAAUUCAAGAACCACCUCAGGGACUUUUUGGUGCAAACCAAGACCUUUGCCGACACCGACGGGCUCGAGCCCGCGUAG